GAAGCAGGCAGUAUUCAGGAGGAGGAGUCUGAUCAGAAGCAAACAGCCUCCACACCCUGCAGUCUGGAAGUUCCUCUGCAUUCCUUCAACCCUCAACAUAAACUGACAGAACGGUGGAGGAACCUCACUGAGGCUGCAGGAGUUGAGCCGGGCCCAGCAGUAGGACCAGAGAAGCUCCUCAUCCUCUACGCCUUGCCAGUCUCACCAUGAGUGAGGCCGGCAGUGAUGAAGCUGGUGGAGACUCAGCAGGAGGAGAAAAGGUUCAGAGCAAACUGAGCGCCGCCUCCAUCGGACCGGACUGGACCAAAGUCCGCUGUCCCUGCUGCGUCUCCGACCGGGUCGAGCCGCUGGUUCUGGUGAAGCUCGGCGAAAAGGUCGGUCCGGAGACGAAGAGAUGGAUCAUCAGAGUGAUCGGAGCUUCACAGAAAGAUGGAGGUGCUGCAUUAUUGGCCCACCCAGGCGAAGACGCCAGUGGUGACAUCAUCGUGGUCUCGGCUCCUCGCUGUACGUUACUCCGAGCCACCGAGGAGUUGGGUCUUUGUAAAAUUUACCGCAACGGAGACAUGGAGGCCUUUUCCUACAGUGACAGAGACAAUUUUAAAGAUUCAGACAACAUGGAGGAGUUUCUGACGCUGGCCGAGUGUCAGUACAUCGUGAAGUACGAGCUGGAUGGUCUUCGGGCUCAGAGGGAUCUGAGGAUUCCCGGCCUCCCCGACAGCUGCACACUGCACAACCGAGACAACAUCUGGCAGAAGCUCAGGUCGUUUGGUGUGAUCGUGGACACGUUUCCUCUCCACAACCCGGACAAACUGAAGAACCUGAGUGAAGCCUGGUACUCUGGGAACCAGCUGGCUCAGCCUCUGGAUUCAGUCAAUGAGUAUUUUGGAAGCUCCGUGGCGUUUUACUUCAGCUUCCUGGAUUUCUACACCUGGUCUCUGCUCCCACCGGCGCUGCUGGGUCUGACCAUCACUUACUUCUCAGGUGAGGUCCAGAAGGAGAUGGUGGAGUCUGUGUCAGGUCCUCGGGCGACAGACAUUGAAGGCGACUCGGAGCCUCCGGUCAGCGGUCACAUGCUGCAGGCCGUCUUCAGCAUGCUCUGGUCCACGGUGGUGAUGGAGCUGUGGAAACGCCGGAGCUCCUCGCUGUCGUACCGCUGGGGGACGCUGCACCUCGCCGAGCGCUUCGCCGAGCCCCGGCCUGGUUUCCAUGGCGACCUCGGGGUCAACCCUGUGACAGGUCGGGUGGAGCCGCUGUUCCCUGAAUGGCAGCGGGACCUCCGGAUGGCGCUGGUGUCGGUCCCGGUGGUCGGCCUGUUUCUAGGACUGGUGGUACUGGGCAUGAUGUGUUUCUACUGGGCAGAGGCCCAAGUUCAACAUCUGCACAACGACUGGGACUCCCUGCUGUCUCAGACUUUACUCUACAUGCCCUCAGUGCUUCACAUCGUCUACACAAACAUGCUCGCUACUGUUUACAAGACGGUGGCGCAGUCUCUGACUGAAUACGAGAACCACAGAGAGGAGUCGGCCUUCCAGAACCAUCUGACAGCCAAAGUCUUGGUGUUCACCUUCUUCAACUACUUCGCAGUUCUCUUCCACAUUGCCUUCUUCAAGCAGGAUGUUCCUCUGCUUCGUAAGCGUCUGGCGUCUCUGCUGAUCGUGACCCAGCUGAUAAACCAGGUGACAGAAGUGGUCAUACCGUUCCUGGUGGACCGAUUCAUCAGCGCCCCCCACAGGACUCAGAGCGAAGACGACCCACAGGAGGAAAAGUUUAGGAACCAGGGCACCCUGCCUACUUUCCCUGGCCUGUUUGCAGAGUACAUCGAGCUCCUGGUGCAGUUUGGGUAUUUGAGCCUCUUCUCCUGUGUGUUUCCUCUGACCGCCGUGCUGCUGCUCCUCAACAACCUGACCGAGAUCCGAUCCGACGCCUAUAAGAUCUGCAAACUCUUCCGCAAACCCUUCUCACCGCCUGCAGCUAACAUGGGCGUUUGGCAGAUUGCAUUUGAGGUCCUGAGUUUUGUGUCCGUUGUGUCCAACUGCUGGCUGCUGCUGCUGUCGCCACGGUUACAAGACAUGUUUCAGGAGGGCGGGAUGAGCAGCACAAAUGUUCUGCUGUUGGCUGUUUUGGUGGAGCACGUGCUGAUCUUAAUCAAAGUCAUCAUGGCGGUUCUGAUCCCAGACGAACCGGACUGGAUCCGAAAAAAGCGAGAGCACAUUGAGUACUCGUCCAUGCAGGCCCUGAGACAGCAGAAGCUGCAGUCUGAAGAGUCCUAAUUCAGUUUCAAGUUGUUGAGGUGGUGCUUUAUCUCAAUCGAGAAACCCGAAAGGAUAAAAUCAUGGGAUCUCCAGCAGGGUCCAGGAUGCACAUUUACUGCUGUAUACUUUGAAAGUGUUUCUGCUGCUCUCACUAAUCGGCACGGCGCUUCUGCGAUGUACACACUUAGAGACUAAGCGACUUCAUAUUGUCGUACACUGUGAGCGCGAGUGAAACAGCAGCUUCAAAAGUGUUUUUAUUUUCCACUAUUAGACAGCGAAGGGAAUGUGUCGGUGCACAGACACCCUUUAAAAAGACUGUUUUAUGAUAAGGGAAGCUCUUUCACAAUAUGUACAAUCAGUAAUUAGCGAGGAACAGUCAGGGUUAAGUAUGUGAUGCUACUGGGAGGGUCAAAUGUUUCUGAUAAGCUGCAGUUCAUGUUCAGGAUUCAUAAUUAUAGAAGACAGUGUCAUCGUGGAGUUCAUUUAGCAGUAACCAGAACGGGAAACAGUGUGGAUGCAUUAAAAUAAAUAACCAGGAAAAAAUCAACAAGAAUAAACAGAAGGACACAGAAAUAUAGAAGUUGUAGGCAAUUAUAUAGACAUUUAUAGUAAACUGGGUUAAGACAUCAGUGUCACGUUUUGUUUUAAAAUAUAUAUGUUGGGAAAAUCAACAUAUAAACUGUAUUUAUACAGGGGGUCCUCGAUUUACGACGUCCUCUACCUACAGCUUGUACGCCACCUUGGAUUGUGCUGCAUUCUCUAACUUUUUGCCCUUCAUUAUGGCUCCAAGCACAAGUCAGACUCUUCUGAUGAUUAAAAGCCAUCUUUAUGGAAGUGAAAUUAGAUAGAAUAAAACGCUUGGAACAGGACGAAACACCAACGAACAUCGGUCAAGUUAUAAAAACAGGUCAAUAUAUUGUAGCGACCCUCUGUGAUGAAUGAGUGAGACUUUAUCUGGUUCUCUGACAGGUUAUUGAACCUUCACACAGACUACUGUGAGCUGUAGCCAAAACAACUACAAACAACUUAGCUCCAGAAUUAGUUUUCGCUCCACACACACUACUGCUGACUCUCAGCCAAUCAGAGGUGAGCCAACUAAACAUGGCAUGUUCACUGACAUUAGGUAAAUCUGGAACUGAACAGUAAACAUGAAACCUCAACAUUCAAAUUGUAGUUGCUGUAGUGAAAUAUUUUCAGUUCGGAUUGAUCCUGUCCAGUUAUUCCCUGAGUUGUGUGUUUCUGGUUUCCAGAUGCAGAAUGAGUUCUAUCAGUGAGUGUCAUGGUUGCAGAUGUUCUUGCUCGUUACCUUAUUGUCCAGCUCAUGAUGAUCACUGAUAUUUGUCCAGAUCUGUGAUGCUUCUGACCACCAGCACUUUAGCUUCCUCGGGGGUUCCAUUUAGUUUAAUGAAUAUUUUACAGUUUAAAGUCCAAGUGUUCUGUAUUUUGUUCUGCUUCUUAAAGGCAUUAGAGGAGAUUUAAUUUCCUACGACUUUGAACGUAGCAUGCGCAUGCGCACAUACAACCUCUCCUUCACCCCCUCUAACCUCCCCCCACUUAACAUUUACGAAGAAACGCCCCCCUCCAGAAACUUGCGUAGGACUCGUGAAGUUGUCUUUUACGGCUGGGUCCCCCUGGAUCUUUAUCUGCCAUUAUGUAAAAAAAGAUGAGCAAAACAAGUCGCCAGCUAACUACGAAGCUAUACCAAAGCAACACAUACAGAAAACACGUAAGUCCAAGGCGUACGUAAUCUACAUAACUAGGCCUGAGCCGGAAGAUUUUUGAUUGACAGGAAAGGGAGCAAACCAAACGCCUCGGUCCGAGCGCAUUGAUUGGCUGAUGUUUUUCAGGUCCUGCCAUGUCCACAGUUUUUUAUUUAUUAUUCUUUUAGAGACCGUACAUACAAGUCCACUAAAGGUCAGUAUAUUCAUUUUAUGUGAAUCAGACAAAUUAAACAAAAAAAACAUCCUCCAUAAUGCCUUUAAGGUAUCGUGCUCUCCUGGCUAUGUCUGCGUUGUUCUUGGUUAGAUGCUCGUUUAUGAAGACGUUUGUUGCUUUUAAUUUCCUCCCCUGUUUCAACAGUACAGUUUUGUUUUUUCUGUUACUAGAUCUCAUUAUAAUUGUCGGUUUGUCAUUGGCGUUCCUCUUGGGCAGAGGAUGGCUUGCCUCCAUGUUGUUACAGUCCAUUUCGAUUCCUUUGGACUGUAAAAAGGCCACCACUUGCUGCUUCGCGGAGCUAGCAUCCAUGUCAUCCGACUCUAACCCCGUUGUUACCGGUCACAGCCCGAGUGUAUGACCGGGGUUUAAUCUGGAGUCCAGUGAUCACGUCGUUCAUCUUGGUGUACUGCUCCAAGUCCGCCAUUCUACUCUUCAGGUAGCGGAUCCGCUUAUCCUUCUCUGCGUUCUGUAGCCGCAGAACUUUCACCUCCUCGAUCAUGUCCAAUAUGCUCUUUUGCUGCAGUCUGACAGCAGAAAUUUCUUCAGCUAGGAAACCGAGUGACUUUUUAAUGUCCUCGACUUCCUCUGCCGCCAAGAUCUUCCUGGGACCCAUAUCGCCCGGCGUGGUGACAGCCAGCUGUUUGCUCCUCAGCUGUUUGUUUGACAGCGAGUUCGCCAGUCGGGUACUAGCUCUGCAAACUGUCUCAGUCCGUAAUCCAAUUCACUGUCGAAAGCCAGGAAGGGCUAACAAAUUUACCAAGGGUCUCAGCAGCCAAAAUAAAGUCCUUAAUCCAAAAUCAGCGGUCGAUAAAUCCAGAAAACGGUCAAAAAGCACCAAAACACAACGGGCGCACUGUUCAAACUGCACCGGAAGCGGAAGUGAGAUUAACAUUAACAACAAUAUCAGUCCUACAAUAUUCUGUUAUCUUCUUGUAAAAUGAUUCAAACAUGCAUGAAAGUCAUUGGUAUUCAUGACUUUUCCAAAGAACUGAUGAUAUCGUGAUGCACGGAACGGCUUUGUUUACAUUUUCGCCAGAGUUCCGGCUUAUGGUGAAAAUCGAUUGCGGAAUUCUGACCUAAGUUGAGGAACCCCUGUGUAUGUACGUGUAUUUUUAUAUAUAUGCACACAAGACGGUAAAUAAAUCCUAACCGACUCCAACUUCAUGUAACAUCCUAAAAGGGAGGAUUUAUUUAACACUCAGAUUUAAAAUUUUGUCUUUUCUCCAACUUUAACUGCAUCAUAAAUGUUCGAUACCACACGAACAGAUUGAUUAUUGCCCGUUAUGUAGAAAUUUAUUGGCCUUGGAGGCAAUUUUUAACAUGAAAACCCAAGAAGAAAAUGUUAAACUAUAAAGUUGUCAUUUAUUUUUUAAAAAUUCGAGAUCUUGCCCCAGUUUACCCAGUUUGUACUCACAUUCAGUUCAAUAUGCUUUAUUGGUUAAUAUCAGGUUAACAGUAUUGCAAUAAGUAUAUUUAUUGUACUAUAGAUAACAAAAUAACACCCAAGUGCAAAAUUGUGUUUUUUUUUUCUAGCCUACCAAAACUGCUAAAUAGAUCAUCAGUGCUUGAUUAGUUUGGUCUGGCCUUCUUCACUAAUUUCAGAUUCACUGGAUGUAAAAACUAUGGAAAACUACAUUGCCUUUUAUGCUGUUAAAUGUCAAAAAAAUCGUGCCUUUAUAAUAGUUAUUUAAAUAGCAGUCACUGUUGACUUACACCAAAACGAUGCUUUUUACGCUGUCUAAAAAAUGUCUCUUGUUUACUCCACUCUUGUGCUCUGUCUUUUCCGCCGCCUAGAGCCAGAAAAAAUCCUGCUUUUCAUAGUUCUCUGAUUAAAAUGCUGCUUUUUACACUUUCCAAAGCCAACAAAACUCCAGUGUUAUGGUGAUUUGCAGUAAAACGCUGCUUUUUAUCGUGCAUUAAUUAAAAGCCGCCCUUUUUCAUGUCAUCAAACCCACCAAAGCAUCAGUCCUAUGGUCACAUUAUGCUAUUUAUGGCUGCCAAAAAAUACACUUUUUGACAAUAAUCCAGUGACAUGGAUUCAGAUAUUACUGUAAGUCACCAGAGUGUGUUUGGAGUGUGAAUGUUUUGGAAGCUUUAGAGCGAUGUUUCAAUAAAAGCAUCAUAAAAAGUGAUAUUUUCAGGCCCUUAAAACCACCAAAAGCCAGAAAACACCAUUAAAAAGGGUAUUUUCUGGAAAUUUUCUGUUUUCUAUAUAUAAAUCUAAAACUUUAUGACACUGGCACUGACUUAGAGUAAAAUGCUGCUUUUUAUGCCGUUAAAAAUGUUGCUUUUCUUUACAAUACUUUAGCGAGAUUUAGUAAAACGCUGCUUUUUUUGCCAAUAAAAGCCAGAAAUACACUGUUUUUGGGGGGUUAUCUGAUUAAAACGUACUUUAUUAAAUUAUUUUAAGACCAAUUAACUUGUUAAAACUGAAUAAGAUGCUCCUCUUCACGUAAUCAAAAGCACUUCAUUUAUGCUGCACCGGCUAGAGAAGAGUAAAGCCAGACCAAAGCAAUCGAUCGAUGAAAAGUGCCUGCCUUUGUUAAGUGUUUGUUCAGUGUUUUGGAUUGUGUUUUGGCUAACUGUCUGUCUUUGUUUGCUGUAAUUUGAUGGUAUUUGUACAGUUUACAGAGGGUCAGAUGUUGAUUCACCUGAGAAAAACCUGUGUUAAUCCAUUUUUUUGUGAAAGAGCAGAAAAACGGUACACAAUACACUUUUUUUUUAGACAAAUGUGUUGGAAAAAUGAUGGUAUAUGGUAUUUUUGGCUUCUUUUAGUGUCUUUUAUGGCGUUGUUUUGGUUUCACAGUCCGUAACUUUACUGUUUGGUUCAGUUUUUCCAAUCUCAUGAAGCUUAAGAGUCUAAUAUUUUCAUUGGAGACUAAAAAAGACACAAAAGGAGUUUGAAAUUGAAAUGUAGUUGCCAGAAAUACAACCCGAAAUGAACGCUAUUUUAGCUACAUGAUUAUAAAUCAGGGUCUUAACCCUCAUGUUUUCCUGCAGGUCAAAAUCGACCCGUUUCAAUGUGGGGAAAAAAGUAAUUUCACAAUAAAUGAUUUUUGGAUUUUUUUUUAGACAACUAAACAAUAUUUUUUGGUGCCCAUAAAUGAGGACAACAGGAGGGUUAAUGCUGUCUUUCAGGUUGUUGUGUUGCCCCCAAGUGGUCAAAAAUGAGAUUAUUGCAGCUUUAAUAUCAUAAAAGUCAGGAAUUUUCUCCACCAGAUGGCGAAAAACCGCUUGUAUUAGAAUCCUAACACUUGAACCUGCUGUUUGUAUUUUGAAAUGUGGUGCCAGGUGCGUCUAGAGCUCAGAGUAUUUUACACAUUUAUGUAUAAAUUAUCUACACAGCGUUAAAUUUAUGGUGCCUAAUUCAAUGUCUUGCAAAAAAAGUAAUCAUAAGAAGAGCUUAAGUCUUUAUUUCCUCUCCUGAUGAUACUGUCUUCUUCUAGCAUGAGAUAACCAGUGUGCCAAGUUUUCAUUUGCAAUGAGGAUCAACCAAAGAACUCACAAGUGCUUUGUUACCAUACAUAUGCUUUUAUUUUGUGGGUUUUAUUUGCAAAAUGUGAGUGUAACAUGAGUGUUUAUUGCACCAUUUGCGCUCCACUGCUGCCUGAUUUAAUAGAAUUAGUGACGCAAACGGGGAACUCCACCAUUCCUUUCACAUUUGCUGAACGGCGUUUUCUUGUUUGUUAUGUAAGUUAUUGUUUUCAUGAAGUUAGUCGUCUUUCCGGCCACCAGGAGGCGCCACACACGGUUGUAUUUUAUUCCUCAUGCAGCUGCAGAAGCCUGAUUCAGCAAAUGUGUAGGUCGAUGGUGAGGCUUCCUCAACUAACCACAGAGCUGAGAGUGUGAAAGAGGCUGUGUUAAUGAAGACAAACUUGUAGAAUAUCUGGUCCAAGGUUGAGGAUUUCAGAUCACGACGAUGUUUGUUGUCUCAGAAUAAACUCACAGAAGGAAA